GGUAGGUAAAAGCUACUUACUUCUUUAUUCCGUAGAAGAAGAAGAAGAUAACCAAAACCAAUACCAACUUCCCCAUCUUCUUCUUCUUCAUCAUCAUCACAAAUCCAGGAAAUGGCGCAGGCGCAAGUUAGCAACAUCAGUAAGGGUUUACAAGGUUUUUGUAGUAAAGAUCUUUCUAAAACCCAGAAACCUAGUACCAUUUGUUCAGUUUGGUUAGGAUCAGAAUUAAAUAAAUUGGGUAGUUUUGGUAAAUUAAAGUAUCAAAGAAAUGUGUUUGAUUCGAUGAAUUCAGUGAAGGUUUCAUCACCAUUCAGGGUAUCUGCUGUUGCUGCUGCUACUAAAGAGAAAUCAUCUUCAAGUAGUUUACCUGAGAUUUUAUUACAGCCCAUUAAUGAAAUCUCCGGUGUUGUUAAACUCCCUGGUUCUAAAUCUUUGUCUAAUCGGAUCCUCCUGUUAGCUGCCCUUUCUGAGGGAACCACUGUGGUAGACAACUUGUUAGACAGUGAUGAUAUCCAUUAUAUGCUUCGUGCUUUGGAAACCCUUGGGUUAGGUGUCAAAGAAGAUAAAGAGAAUAAAAGAGCAACUGUGGAAGGUUGCAGUGGGAAGUUUCCCGUUGGAGAUGUAGCAAAAGAGGAAGUUGAACUAUUUUUGGGGAAUGCCGGUACUGCAAUGCGCCCAUUGACUGCGGCAGUUGCUGUUGCUGGUGGAAAUGGCUGUUACAUACUUGAUGGAGUCCCACGUAUGAGAGAAAGACCAAUCAUGGAUUUGGUUGUGGGUCUAAAGCAGCUUGGUGCAGAUGCUGAUUGCACAAUGGGCACUGAUUGUCCCCCUGUUCGUAUUAAUGCCAAUGGAGGUCUUCCUGGAGGAAAGGUGAAACUGUCGGGGUCUAUUAGUAGUCAGUACUUGACUGCCUUGCUUAUGGCAGCUCCCUUGGCUUUAGGUGAUGUGGAAAUUGAGAUUAUUGAUAAACUUAUUUCGGUUCCUUACGUUGAGAUGACCUUGAAACUGAUGGAACGUUUUGGAGUCAGUGUGGAACACAACGAUAGUUGGGACAGAUUCUUGGUGAAAGGUGGUCAAAAGUACAAAUCUCCAGGGAAGGCUUAUGUAGAAGGGGAUGCAUCGAGUGCUAGUUACUUCCUUGCAGGUGCAGCAGUCACUGGUGGAACCGUCACUGUUGAAGGCUGUGGAACAAGCAGUUUGCAGGGUGAUGUAAGAUUUGCCGAGGUUCUUGAGAAAAUGGGAGCUAAAGUUACUUGGACAGAAAACAGUGUUACUGUCACAGGACCACCCAGAGAUCCUUCUGGAAAGAAACACUUGCGCCCAGUUGAUGUCAAUAUGAACAAAAUGCCUGAUGUUGCCAUGACUCUUGCUGUGGUUGCACUUUUUGCUGAUGGCCCAACAGCCAUAAGAGACGUGGCCAGCUGGAGAGUCAAGGAGACCGAAAGAAUGAUUGCCAUCUGCACUGAAUUGAGGAAGCUUGGCGCAACAGUGGAGGAAGGCCCUGAUUACUGCGUGAUCACACCACCAGAGAAAUUGAAUGUUACAGCAAUUGACACUUAUGAUGAUCACAGAAUGGCCAUGGCAUUCUCUCUAGCUGCCUGUUCUGAUGUUCCUGUCACCAUUAAAGAUCCAGGUUGUACCCGGAAAACUUUUCCCGACUACUUUGAAGUUCUUAAGAAGUUUACAAAGCAUUAAUCAGGGAAGGUCCUCAAGAGUAUAAGAUGUUUGUCAUUUAGGUCAAACACACGAGUGCUAAGAGCCUAAGAGCCAUCUGCGGCUGGCGCUCGCUUAUGUGCAAUAUUAACAACAGUUAUUAUCCUACCUUGUUGUAUUCUGAUAAUGGCUUUUAAGUUUAGCCACUUUUAGAGGUGAUGAUUAUUUUUCCAAAAUCUACGUGAUUUUUCCAAGUUGGCGGCUUUUAACUAGAAAAAGAAAGUUUGAUUGUCUACGUACAUUUUCGCAAGCAAAAUCAUGUUUAAUCGA